AUGCGAGUACACGUCAUAAAACUCAGUCCUCCGCUCGCGCAGCCCUCCUCACCAUCUCCGUCUUGCCUCUCCCUUUCCGCCUGCUGCCUGCAAGGCUUGUGCUGCUGUAAUAUUUCUUCUGUCAUCCUUUCCGACGUCCUAACUGCCAUCAGCAUGUCCCCCGCGGACGCCCCCGCAUUUCGACGCCCGGGACCCUUCAGAAUUGAGCAUUCACGCUCAUCGACGUGCGUUCCCACUAGAUCCCCACCUUCCACCGCAGCUCGUCCCACCGCGACUCGUCCCACCGCGAUUCGUCCCACAGUGCCUCGUCCCACCGCGAUUCGUCCCACAGUGCCUCGUCCCACAAUGACUCGACCCACGGCGAAUCUUCCCGUGCGCGUGAUUCUAAGGGACGCUUCUCACGCCGUGGCGAUGAUCUGCAUCGCGUACGUCCUAGUCAUUUGA